UUUUCGUAAAAAUUAUAAUAGUAAAGAAUAAUAACGCAAAAAUGGAUAAAAGAUAUGUCUUUUGGGCAUAUAAUGCAAUGAAAAUUGUUACGGAAAAAUUUAAAAAAAAAAAUUAAGCAGUAAUUUAAUUUGGGAAAGAGGCAAGAGUUUAACGUUGAAAAGAGGCGGGAAUACCAUGGAGGAAAGAGACGGAGUUUCUUCCUUUAAUCCUGUUCGAACUCUCGGCUUCUUUCAGAAUUCCUCGACGCUUGUAUGGGAAGUUAUACAGAUGUAGCUCUUUUACGGCCGCCGAUGAAUAGGAGGGCUUGUUGCCCAGGCCUGUUCCAGAUCAAAUGUUUCAGGGUGCAAAAUGAGAGGAAAUUUCUCUGUUGCAACACACAGAUAGUACAAACGAACCAGUAAUGCUCGUAGUCACCUUAAAUUCGUUACAUUGCAAAAAUGCCAAUUUACUGUUUUCGGAAUACUGACAAACAUAAAUACUUAUUAACAUGCAUACAUUGUACAUAUGUAUGCAGAAGUUUUUCUUAAAAGCACCGCUUCAACCUGAAAAAAGUUUAAUGCGCAUGCCUCCAUUGACAGUUAAGUCUGACUUACAGGAGAACUAAUAUAAGAGAAAUUAGUGCAAGUGUAGCCGACGGAACAAGUAUCAUUAAACAUGCAAACAUCAUAAUCAAAUGAAUUCGGCGGCUUACUGUUUAAACUGCAUAUGAAAUGAAAAAUAGCAGGAUAAUCCAAUAUUUAAUGGUGCAUACCUCGUUAUUCAUGAAAUACACUGCCUCGUAUAAAGAUCAAUAUUUUCCUUUGUUACAUCGUGGGAAAAAAAAUGCAUGCUAAUGUCACUUCAGAUCGCGGAAGUGGUGCAGGGGGCUCUUGGAGACUUCCACCAGAUGAAACUUUACAGGUGCAAGAUCCAAAACAAAAAGACCAUGAUCUUGAUUUAGACGAAGGUCACAAUUGGAGAAGUAUAAUCUUUUCCUUAAUUGUAAUUAGUUUCGUAAUAGCUGGUAUUAUUACUGCUAUAUACUUACUGGGAUAUGUCGAUGAGCUACUUUAUUGGUCAGGACGUAGGAUGAUUCUAGAUGAAUACUUACAAGGAGAUUUAAUGCCAACAAGAUUGCCACCUUCUUGGGUUACUACUCGCAAAUAUGUAUUUCAGUCAGACGAUGGUGGGUUAGCAACCUUGGAUACAACUACCAAUUUAAUAAAUGUCUUAGUAACUAAUCAUACUCUUCGCCAAUUAAAUGUUCAUGGAUAUUUAUGCUCCAAAGAUCUCAAGUAUGUUUUAUUUAAACAUAAUGUUAAAAAAACUUUUUUAAAAUCAUUUACGGCAUUCUAUACAAUUUAUGAUGUGGAAAACGAUCAUCAUAUGCCCGUGAAAGUGAAAAACUCCUUAAAAGUUCAAAGAACUCGACUGCAAUAUGCCGCUUGGCUUGGAAAUACAACCGCAAUUAUAUUUGUUAUAGAAAACGAUAUAUUCAUCCGUCAAUCUCCACUUAUAGAAAAUGAUAUAAGAAUAACUUCAACUGGAAAUGAAAACAAAAUCUACAAUGGUGUCCCCGAUUGGCUAUACCAAGAAGAAAUAUUUGACACGCCGGAAGCUAUUUGGUCUUCUUCUGAUGGUACACAUUUCAUGUUUGCUACUUUCAAUGAUACUCUUGUUGGUUUGAUGUCAUAUCCAUGGCUUUCAUCAGGAGCCUUAUUUGGAAGCGGAAUGGUUUCUGGAAGUUAUUUUCCUGAAACGAAAAAUGUUCGAUAUCCCACACCAGGAACCGUAAAUCCAGAAGUACAGUUGAGGGCAGUUGACAUUACAAACAUAAAAAAUAUCCAGGAAUUUCCCAUUAUACCGCCUGAAUCUAUUAUUGGGCAGGAAUAUUAUCUCACAUCAGCCGGCUGGGUAUCAGAUUCAAACGAAAAAGUUUCAGUAGUUUAUAUGGGACGUUCACAAAACUACAGUGUGAUCGCAACAUGCUCAAAAAUGGAUAAUUGGAAAUGUAUAGAAGUACAUUCGGAACGAGCUGCGGAAGAUGAAUGGUUGGAUAUUUUUCCUCACCCAGUUUUUUCAUCAGAUGGUAAUAGUUUUUUGUUGCUAGCUAGUGUACAAGAAUCGGGUCAUGAUCAUUUUACUCAUAUAAAACAUGUAACCAUCUCUCAACGAAGAAUUUCUGUAAUUUCCCACGGGCGUUAUGAGGUGAUAAAAAUAUUGUGCUGGGAUACCGUAAAUCAUAUUGUUUACUAUUUAGCCACUCAAGACAAAAAACCUGGCCAGCGACACUUAUAUUCUGUCAAGGAUCCUGUAAACGAUGAUACGAGAAAAAUCCAGCCACAAUGCAUAACAUGUGAUUUAGGAGAGGCCCUUUGGAGUAGUCGUUACUAUUAUACAAAUUGUUCACAUUUUGAUGCGUUUAUUACACCAUCAUUAGGUGCUGCAACUAGCUAUGGAAUUGAUUUCUACAUUUUAGAAUGCCAAGGUCCAGGUCUGCCGGUAUCAGGAGUGCAUAUGCAAAAAACGCAUAGCCUUAUUAAAAUUCUAUACGAUACCCGGCCCUUUUAUACGGAAAGGCUCCAAAAACUUGCACUACCAACCCAGCGUUCGUUUGAAAUUCCAUUGCCACAUGGAGGGCGUGCCCAAGUUCAAUUACUUCUCCCACCCAGCUGGAGAGAAGAGCUUCGGGAUGCUGCUUUUCCGGUUAUUGUUGAAGUAAAUGGUCGCCCUGGUUCAGAAUCUGUUUCAGAGAAGUUCAAAAUAGACUGGGGAACCUAUAUGUCAUCAAGAAACGAUAUUAUAUAUGUACGUUUAGAUGUUAGAGGUGCCAAAGGACACAGCAAGAAAUCGUUAUACCGCCAUUUAGGCGGGGCAGAAGUUGUUGAUCAAAUAUCUGUAUUAAGGUAUUUGCUCGAUACUAUUGGUUUUUUAGAUGAAACCCGAGUAGGAAUAUGGGGUUGGGGAUAUGGAGGUUAUGUUACAUCAAUGGUUCUCGGUACACAGCAGGAUGUUUUUAAAUGUGGCAUCGCUAUUUCUCCAAUUGCAGAUUGGCUUUAUUUUAAUUCUGCAUUUACUGAGCGUAUAUUGGGAUUACCUUCUGAAAAUUACAAAGGAUAUGUGGAAGCAGAUGCAACUCAGCGGGCGCGCCUUAUAAAGUCGAACUCAUUUUUCUUAAUUCAUGGAUUAGCCGAUUCUUCCGCUCCCUAUGUUCACGGAGUUAAAUUAGCUAAGUCAUUGACUGACGCCAAUAUAUUAUAUCGUUAUCAGGCCUAUGCAGAUGAGAGCCAUGACUUAUCAGGCGUGCUUGAACAUGUAUAUUCUUCAAUGGAGCAUUAUUUUGCGGAAUGUUUAAGCUUGGAUCCUGAUGACACUAAGCCAGAUUUAGAUCAAAGCAUUGUACCAGCUGAAUAGCGUAUUUAUUUCUUAGUGGGCAUCGAAAAAGCUUGAAAAAUCAGACUAAUUUUAUAAAUGAAGUGUCUGGAAAAUUUGACCUUCAAGUCCAUAAAUUAAUGAUAAAAUAUUUAAUUUGAACGCUAGUGAACUUUCAGAUAUAAGCCAAAAGAAUGAUAAAAAAUCUAUAAUUAAGUUUUGUUAUUUAAUAGCGUUUUGAAAGCUUAUAAAACUAAAAAAAAAUGGAAGUAUAGUCAAGAUUUUUAACUAUAUGAUACCCGGUGUUCUUUUUUCACAUUUUUUUGACUCUCACACCUGACUUACAGACAGGCUCCAGGUGUUUACUUUUUAAAGUGAAUUAAUUGUUCAAUUCAUAUUCCAUUAUUUUUGAAAACGAUAGCUUCUAAUUUAAUGAGCCUUAAUUUUGGAUCUUAAAAAUGUAGCUUAACAAUAAGCUUUACGUUUUCGGGAUCUGUGUAUCAGGUUUAGAGAUUUAUGGAUUACCAUGAUGACAUAAAAUGAAACUGGAUUAAAUUCACAUUUUGGGUUGUCAGAAUUCACUACACAAAAGUAUGUACCGGAGAUUGCCUGUUAAUCAUAAAACAAGAAAGAAAACUAACUUCGGGCGGAGCCCAUGUUGAUAUACCCAUGCAGUUACGUGGCAGCUAUAAGAUAUAGUCGGCCGACCCCGGCCGUUCUGACUAAUAUACUGCGUGCAAAGAAGAGUAGGGAGUGUGCAAAGUUUCAUAGUUGGCGUAGAAAAAGACAGACGGACAGUCAGAAAAACAGAUGGACAUGCCUUUAUUAACUCCGGAGGUGAUCCUGGUCAUACUUAUACUUUAUACUUCAUAGGGUCGGAGAUGUCUCUUUCACUGCGUUGCACACUGAAAUUAGCGAAGUAAAAACUUGCAGAGGCAGGGGUAUACAAAAAAAAAAAUAUUAAAGUAAAAUAUUAAAAAAAAAAUAAUAAUCUCAAUUACUCUUUUAAAAAUCUUUAAACUUCGCUUUUUUUUUACUAUUCCAACUUAUCUUUGAAAUUUACAAUCAUUGGGUAUUAUAACUUUUUAAAUAUACUUUCUAACCUAGUGUUACAGAAAGAUGUCAUUUGUUACUGCGGAGAAGGUGUUUUUGAAAAUUUGAAACAGGUGGUUUGUCUGUCCAAACAUGUUUGUAUUGACAUAGACUAAGUAUAGACUAGGUCUAUGUAUGUAUCAACAGAGAAUAUGUCUCGACUAGGGGGUUGAAGAUCGGGUUCAUUGGGGCGAACCCAAGAAACUGUUGCACUUAACAAGUACCGGGUAUUAAUUUAUGAAACAAUU